UGGGCCCCGAAAACCGUGGAGGCAUUUUAAUGAGAGAUGCUGGAGAAAAGGACAAGCCUCAGCUGGAGCAGCAGAUGCGCCAGGACGAGGCUUCGCAGGUCCACCUGGAGGGCAGCGCUCGGUUGUCCAGGAGGCAGUUGGUGCUGCGGCGACGGCUCCUGUUUCUAGGGGUCGCUUUCAUCUUGCUCGUGGGGAUCUUACCCGGCAUGGAGCUGGUCUGUCCCCACGGGGCUCAGCAUGGUGCGAACCUGCUGUCCUCUGUGCCCCCGUGGUUCCUUGUGCAGCUGAUGAUCUUUCUCAUCAGCACCGUCAGUUCCAUGCUCUCUGGACAUCUGGGCAAAGUGGAGCUGGACGCUGUGACCCUUGCGGUCUCGGUGGUGAGUGUUACUGGGAUUUCAGCUGGAACUGGCUUAGCCUCUGUGUGUGACACGCUAAUGUCUCAGUCCUCUGGAGGCAAGAACCCGAAACCGGGGAUCAUACUUCAGCGAGGAAUCCUCCUUUUGAUGCUGUGUUGCUUUCCCUGCUGGGGCAUCUUCAUCAGCAUCAAGCGCAUCCUCCUGCUCCUAAAGCAAGACCCAGAAGUGUCCAGGCUGGCCCAAGUUUACGUGAUGAUUUUUAUUCCUGCUCUUCCUGCAGCAUUCCUGUUCCAGUUGCAGACGAGGUGUUUACAAAGUCAGGGCCGGCCCAUGCCCCAAGUUAUGAUGGGGAUCGUGGCGAAUGUCAUCGAUGUGGGCAUGAAUGCCCUCCUGCUGUACGCACUGACCUCGAGUGGUGUGAGUGGAUGUGCCUGGGUCAACCCCACUUCGCAGUUUUUUCUGUCUGCUCUUUUCCUUUACGUAUGGUGGAAAAGAAUCCAUGGUGACACCUGGCCAGUUACCCUAUUUUGUGUGUGGCGAGAAUACUUAGGAUCUACGUUGUCAGCAAAUUUCAGUCUGGCUGUUCCCAGUAUGUUCAUGGUGUGCAUCGAGUGGUGGACCUUUGAGAUCGGGACCUUUCUCGCAGGACUGAUUAACGUGACAGAGGUUGGAGCCCAGGCCAUCAUGUAUGAAGUGGCCUCUGCGGCCUGCAUG